GUGUCGACUGAGCAGUUUAACUCCGCGUGCGGGCGCCUCGCAUUCCAACGCGACCGAGAUGUGAGCGGAGUGCGGCGGGACUUCGCUGCUUCUCAACCCGUCUCUCAGUCUAUCAGGCGCGGUUUUUAAGCAUUAAAAAUGUCCAACUCCAAGGAAGGGACCUCCUGUCCCGACGGCUACAGGGCUUUAAGCACAGCCGAGCUGAGGGAGCUUUUACAAAGCGACGACAAAAUGGACCAAAUUAUUCGACUCAAUGAGAAGUUCCAGGAGCUUCAAGUUGACCGAGAGAUGCUGCUGACCUCCAACCGGAGCCUGGCCGAGGAGAGUCUGGCUCAGCGACCCUGCCUUAAUAACGGCAAGCUCCAGCUGGCAGAGAAAUACAAGGAACUGUCCAACCUCAUAACCACAUGCUGGGAAAAACAGAGUCAGCUGGGUGAGUUCACCUCACCGCUGAGGAGACACAGAUUCGGGGGGAGUGGGGGCACGUGGUUCGGGUUUCAUGCAGCUGAAAUGUUAGUGGGCGAUCGUGAUGGCAAGGUUACUGGUUUGUAUCCACGACCAUAUCGAUAAACACAGCCUUGGUUAACAAGGUUUAGCUGGACAUGCCUGCAGCCCUCAGCAGUCUGAAACCAUUCAGUGAAAACAGCCACAGAAAUCCGUCAGAAAAGGUCGCGUCCUAACCACUUAAGGUUGAAGCUAAUUACACACGAUAACCCACAGUGGCUCCUCGUUGUCUUCCCUUGUAAUUGCAGGAACACACUCAAACAUGACUCCACAGUUUGAGACAUCGAAAGCAAAGCUGUAUUUAAAUCCCAUUCAGCUCUCUGUGACGGCCGCGCUGGUUCUGAGAAUGAAGGAAACUUCACAUCAGAGCACAGAAAAGGUUCUGAGUGUCACUGAGACGAGCCUUCAUCUGCUCAGCAAAAGCCUCAGCAUGACUGGAGUUCGGUCAUGGGAACCAAAUGGAGCAUAUCAAAUGCCAGCAGGAAGCUUGCAGCAGUUGUCAAGGAAUUUGCAGGCUAAGUUGGGGCGGGUGGGUAGUUUGUUUCAGCAAGUUCUGCUUUUGACAGAACAGCUAGCUGAGGAUGUCGUCUAAGCCACGAUACAAAAUUUUAAGCUCGAUGGGUAAGCUUUAAAUGUUCCUACAGAGUGAGUCGAAUCAGAAACAGGUGUUCUUGAAUAUUUACAGGCCUCCUAAGUCCAAAACAAACUUUAUCAGUGAUUUUAAUGAGCUUUUAUCUGUGAUAUGUGUUGA